CGGGCAGCCCAUAACACCUGGACGGUUCAACCCAACACAAAUGAAGUCCGAGGUGGCUGAGAAUCCUGGCUCGGGACCCACCGCAGCCCAGGAUUCCUUGCAGGAGCACAGCUUGGACCUUAGAAUGAAAGAUCAUGGUAAUGAAUCAAAUGGCCACACAGUCUCGGCAAAUUCAUCUCUUUUAUCCUCGCUUAUGAAUAAGAUGUCACAGAAUAACCCGAACCUGGGGAACCUACUCGGCCUGAAAGGGGAGAGCGAUGGCGGGCCCCUGGCAGCCGCAGGAGAUGCCACCCAGUACCUGGGCAAGACAGUGAAGGCUCUCGUUCAGGAGAAGCUCGCGGAGCCCUGGAAGAUGUACCUGCGCAGGUUUGGCACCAAAGAUUUCUGCGAUGCCCAGUGUGACUUCCUGCACAAGGUGCAUUUCCACUGUGUGGUGGAAGAGUGUGGCGCUCUUUUCAGCACCGUGGAUGGAGCUGUGAAGCACGCCAACUUCCACUUCCGAACAGAGGGAGGCGCCGCGAAGGGAACCUCGGAACACGCCUUCCCGACUCCGGCUGAGAGCAAGACCUCCAUCCCGCCUUCCUCUCCAUCCGCCGCGUCCGCCAUUCUGGCCACCGCCUCGGCCGCAGAGGGCCCUGCCGCCUGCCCGGCUAGUGUGCCGUCCGCUCCCACGCUACUGGCCUGGAAACAGCUGGCUUCCACCAUGUCUCAGCUGCCUGUCUCGGGGCCUGGGCUGGCCACGUCCCCGAUAGCCACCACUUCCCUGGAGAAUGCCAAGCCCCAGGUCAAGCCGGGCUUCCUGCAGUUCCAAGAGAACGAUCCUUGCCUGGCCACGGACUGCAAGUAUGCCAACAAAUUCCACUUCCACUGUCUCUUUGGGAACUGCAAGUACGUGUGCAAGACCUCGGGGAAGGCUGAGUCCCACUGCCUCGACCACAUCAACCCCAACAACAACCUGGUGAAUGUGCGUGAUCAAUUCGCUUAUUACUCCCUGCAGUGUCUCUGCCCAAACCAGCACUGUGAGUUCCGCAUGCGGGGGCAUUACCACUGCCUUCGCCCCGGCUGCUUCUUCGUGACCAACAUCACCACCAAGCUGCCCUGGCACGUGAAGAAACACGAGAAGGCUGAGCGGAGAGCUGCCAAUGGUUUCAAGUACUUCACCAAGCGGGAAGAAUGCGGCAGGCUGGGCUGCAAAUACAACCAGGUCAACAGCCACUUCCAUUGCAUCCGCGAGGGCUGCCAGUUCUCCUUUUUGCUGAAGCACCAGAUGACGUCCCACGCCAGGAAGCACAUGAGAAGGAUGCUGGGGAAGAACUUCGACCGCAUUCCCACUCAGGUGGUGGGCCACCCUGCUAGGAGUGACAGCCACCCACAAGUGAGCAGCCUGGCCCCCAGCCCGGCUUCAUCAGGGAAUCCUGCCUCCUUUCAGGGAGCCCCCAGCCUGAUGGACCCCGAGGGGGAGGAGUACCUGGAUUACGCGGGAUGCAGCCCCGGCGCCGUCUCCUCGGAGUCGUCGAACAUGGACCGCAGCUGCUCCAGCACCCCGGUGGGCAACGAGAGCACCUCAGCGGGGAACACCAUCACCAUGCCAACCGCCGCGGGGGCCAAGAAGCGUUUCUGGAUCAUCGAGGACAUGUCCCCCUUCGGCAAGCGCCGCAAGACCCCCUCCUCGCGCAAGAUGCUGGACGAGGGGAUGAUGCUGGAGGGCUUCCGGCGGUACGACCUGUACGAGGACUGCAAAGAUGCCAACUGCCAGUUCUCCCUCAAGGUCACGCACUACCACUGCACCCGGGAGAACUGCGGGUACAAAUUCUGUGGCCGCACCCACAUGUACAAGCACGCCCAGCACCACGACCGGGUAGACAACCUGGUGCUGGACGACUUCAAACGCUUCAAGUCCUCUCUCAGCUGCCACUUCCCCGACUGCCAGUUUUCCGGCAACAGCACGCACUUCCACUGCCUGCGCUGCGGCUUCCGCUGCACUGACAGCACCAAAGUGACGGCCCACCGCAAGCACCACGGCAAGCAGGACGUCAUCAGCGCCGCCGGCUUCUGCCAAUUCAGCUCCAGCGUGGACUGCGAAGUGCCCGAGUGCAAAUACAAACUCAAGUGCUCGCACUUCCACUGCACCUAUCCCGGGUGCAAGCACACCGUGGUGGGCAUGUCACAGAUGGACUCGCACAAGCGCAAGCACGAGAAGCAGGAGCGGGGAGAGCUGCCGGCCAUCUCUCCGGGGCCUGAGGGACUCCCGGUCGUCCCCAUGGAGUACGAGGCCCAGAGUGCUUCCGUCAACCUGGACAGCUCCCUCAACCUGAGCACAGACGCCAAGAGCUCCCUCUUCUUCCUGCAAAACGCGGCGGGAGUGGGGCUCAACGACUCCGUGGACCUCAGCCAGAAGCCCUCCGAGGGCACGGGUGGCCUCCCUUCCGCCCCGGGGGAGACCCUGGCCCCUGCCUCCAGCAAGCACUUCCUAGCCAGCUGUGGCAACGUGGAAGAAGAGGACGACUCUUCCCACGACGACGAUGACGAGGAGGAGGAAGAAAUGAACGAUGAUGAUGAUGAUGAAGAGGAGGAUGAGGAGGACGACGAAGAUGAGGAAGAGGAGGAAGAGGAUCUGAACACUGAUUCGGAAGAGUCGCUCCCUGACGCGGAGGGCCUGCCUGUGAAAGACAUUAGCGAACUAGAGGUGGCCGUUUCCUCCACCGCGGAUCCCAGAGACGCUUCCACGCCUUCCAGCGAGCCAGCCUCAGCCCCGGCCCCUUAAGGAGCAGCCACACAGCAGCGGUGGGGGUUUGGUCUGGGCGAGCGGAGAAAGCAAAAAACUGCAUGGACAGGGGACCUUGCUAUGUUGAGGGGGAGAGGCAAGAACGAAUGCUAGAAUGGCCAGCGAGCAGCAAAACCGACUCUAUCCCAGAAGGUGCGCGAGAGGCGGAGGGAAGCACUGAUUCUUGGACCACACACAACACGGAGAGGAAGCAGCAGAGGCAGCAACAUCCUGGGGACAGGGCGGGGUAGGAUAGGGGGCAGCCAGAGGACCCAUCUGUUGGGGUGCACAUGUUUACAGGGGGGCAGCAGGCAGAGCAUGGUGGUCCCGUGAUGCAGACGGACUGACCCUCCCGCUUCUGGAUGGAUGUGCUCCCCGUGGCAGGAAGCGCCCUGCCCCUUCCGACCCCGCUUUAGGCGGGACAGUUUUUAUAACCCUUCGACUCUGGUGUGUGUUCAUUUGUCCUCUAAUACUCCUCCCAUUCUCAGGGAGACGGGGUGGGGGGGCAGGCAGCUAGCAUCUGGCGGGGGAUAUGAGUAGGGAUGAAGAGCGUUAAGUCAUACAAAAUAUAGAUAUAUCUAUAUAUCUAUAGAUGUAGAUAUAGAUAUAUAUAUAGCGGCAAAGCUGGAUUAGGUUCUGCUAAGCUGCGAGCCGAGUCCUUUUUGCCACCGGGGGCGGGAGGUGGGGAAAUUAGGGGACGGGGUGGGUUCCGGUAUCACUUAUAUUCCUAUUCCUUUCUUCCCCUUUUCUCCGGCAUCAAAUGAAUGGGAGAAACGGGUGUCUCAGGCAGCUGGGAAUGCUUGGAACAGGGGUAUUUAUUAUCAGUUGUGGUUU